ACAGUAUUCAAAGAAAUAUGGCGUCUUCUAGUUGUUUCCCCAUUCAAUCAAGCUUCGUCUCAGCGAGAACAAGGCUCGUUUCCAUUUCCAAACCGAGUCUCUCUGGAUUCGAUUGUCGCUCUCUAACAAAACCCAGAAACUUGAAUCUCUCUCUGUUUCGUUGUUCCAUGGGUUCCUUUAACUCUUCUCAGAAAUCAGACAGCGUUCAAGAAGGUGCAAAGAGUGACUUUGCUUCAAUAAGUGAAGGUGAGUGGAAGAAACGGCUAACACCAGAACAGUAUUACAUCACUAGGCAGAAGGGAACAGAGAGAGCCUUCACUGGUGAGUAUUGGAACACAAAGACCCCAGGAGUAUACAAAUGUAUCUGUUGCGACACGCCACUCUUUGACUCAGCAACAAAGUUUGAUAGUGGAACCGGGUGGCCAUCUUAUUACCAACCUAUUGGAAACAAUGUGAAGUCAAAGCUAGACCUCUCUAUUAUCUUCAUGCCUAGACAAGAAGUUAUCUGUGCUGUUUGUAAUGCCCAUCUUGGUCAUGUCUUCGAUGACGGUCCACGUCCAACCGGAAAAAGAUAUUGCCUCAACAGCGCUGCUCUGAAACUUGAGGCAUUGGAGAGAACAGAAGAAUGAGAGUUUCUGGUACAAAGUAUUGUUCAUAUAUUAUGUAAUUUAGUUUCAUUGGACUAUAUGGUCCUUGUAUUGAAAACAUUGUAAUCACAUGUAAUAACCUUUUGAGUUGAUAACACCACGUCACCACCAUCGUCUGGACAGCACAUUCUUAAAUUUGUCUGAUCCAAUAUUUG